UGAAGCGAUCACAAGUCAAGUGCCAAGUGAUUGUCUCGAGUGCGAAAUGUGUGAAAAUCAGAGAACAAAGCGAAUGAGCGAGCAGAUCGAGAUGCAGAGCUGCGCCAUUGUAGACACAGCCUUCGAAGUAUAACCAGGGACGUCAGGCAUAAAUAACACAAUGUACGUGCGCAAGUAGAUUUAACGCACACGCACGCACGCGCGCGCGCCCAGCGACUGAUGUAAAACUCGUGCGCUUGAUGGCUGUGUGUGCAAACGUGCGUAAGUGGCGGGAAAAGUAUCGAAUUGUUAGUUGUUUUGUUGUAUUUGUUAGCGUUAUCAACUUGUAAAUAUGUCUUUUGGGACGGGAUUCGGCUCCUCGACACCAGCAGCUGGUUCAGCUUUCUCGUUCGGCACGAAUACAUCUGCUGCUGCGACUCCAAUAAAGCCAGCUGGUUUUGGAUCACCUGGGACAUUUGGAUUUAGUACACCAGCUACUUCUACUCCAUCUUUAUUUGGCACACCGGUUACUCAACAAUCGACUGGAUUUGGAACAGGAACUGGUUUUGGUACACCGUCGGUGACUGGCUUUGGCGUGACAUCUUCAACUACCGCUACUACCACCUUCAGUACACCAGCUACUAAUUUUGGAUUUGGAACAAGUAGCGGAGGUUUUGGCACCACUCCUAUCGCAUCUACGUCUGCCUUUGGCUUAGGUUCAGCCGCACCCACCAGUACAAUUAGUGGCACUGGUUUUGGGGGCUUUGGUGCUUUUAACAUUUCAGCGCCAACUACCUCUGCUCCAUCUUUGUUUGGAGGAUUCAAUACUGCAAAUCCACAGCAACAAAGUUCAUUUGGAACGAGUGGAUUCGGUGGAUUUGGAACUAAGGCUGCGACUGGUGCAAGUACUGGUUUUGGAGGUUUUGGCACUGGUGGAUUUUCUAGUUUUGGAACGGGUUUGACACAACCACAACAAGGACAGCAGCAGCAGCAGCAGCAACAACAGCAGCAGCAAAUUCAACCGAAUGUAAACACUAUAUCGGAAGCUUUAUAUAAUGCAGUUUUUAAUUGUCAGUUGUUUAAUGACGAGAGGGAUAAUACUAUGGCGAGAUGGAAUUUAAUUCAAGCAUUAUGGGGUACAGGGAAGGCUUAUUAUUCUACAAAUGCACCGCCGAUAGAACUAAAUCAAGAGAAUCCACUGUGCCGUUUUAAGGCUAUAGGAUAUAGUCGAAUGCCUGAAGCUGAUAACAAUGAUGGCUUAGUAGUACUUUGCUUUGCAAAGAAAGAACAAGAAUUAAAGGAUGGAAGGCAACAGAUAAUAUCAUCGCUCAGUCAAAUUUUGGGCAAUAAAACUAAUCUUACUGUAACUAUAGAUAAUAUAAAGUCUCAAGGGGAGUCAAAAGGUCAAGUGACAAUAUUUGUUACAGAAAAAGGUGUUACAGGAUCCCUUAGAAAAAUUCCUGCAAAUGAAUUAUUUGCUUACUUGACGCAAAGCAUGCAAAAACAACAAUUGACGCAAAUAGGAGUGGAGAAUAUAUAUCCUCAAGUUAAAUUAGAUCCAUCGCAACUCAAGGAAUAUAUGGAUAAUCCGCCGUGCUCGAUAGAUCCUCGAUUAUGGAAGCAAGCACAACUGGACAAUCCUAAUCCAGAGCACUAUAUCCCUGUGCCGAUGAUUGGCUUUCAACAGGUGAAACAUAGAUUGAAAUGUCAAGAAGAAGAGACUUCGAGGCAUCGAGCUUUCCUCGACUUGGCAGCCGACAGUAUUCAAGGUUUACAGAGGCAACAUACAGCGACACAAGCGAGACUAAAAGAGCAUAGAAGAACGCUUUUGGAGCUUCAACAUAGAGUCCUUCAAGUUAUAGUACGUCAAGAAAUAACUAGAAAAAUUGGUUUUUCAUUGCAACCAGAGGAAGAAACUUUAACCAAUAGGUUUGAGGCAAUGCACUCGCAGAUUAGUGCCCCAACACAAUUUAAAGGUAGAAUUAGUGAAAUGUUGUCUCAAUUAAGAAUGAGAAGACAUACAGAUACCCAAUGCCAGGAAAGGUAUACUAUGGAUCCCAUAGCUCAAGACGAUAUAAAAUCAUACUUAAAUAUGGAACAACAAGGAAUGCGACAACUGAUUGAUACGGUCAAUACAGAUUUGGAAGGUUUGAAGAUUAUCAAAGACGGAAUGUCAGAACUUUUGACCAGCCAUGGCUCUAUCUCAUGAAUCGCAUACACUUAAUUUAUUAUUACUAUUAUUAU